CUGUAUCUUUUGGAGAAGAAAUCUGGAGAAAAUAAUAAUCGGAAUUCGCUUAAAGCGCUGCCCCUCACCGUGGAUUCUUUGUUUUCCUCAAAUUUCAUGGUCACUGAGAAUUCCAUUCUUACUGGUGGAAAAGACAAUAGUUUGUUUGCCUUUGAUCCGUUAUCUGGCAGGGUUAAGUACAAUUGUUCCCGAGACGGCUGCUCACGCACACCAUCGACUGCUGAAGCGGAGGCAAUGUUCAAUAGACGAAAUGCGAUGAUAUUGGUCUACUGUGUAAAUCACAUUGUACGCGCGGUCCAUAUUCCAACAGACGAUACUCGAGCAGGAUUCUUGGCCGAAAACUUGCGUGCGGAUCAAGCUCGUUUAUCAGCCACGGUCAAAGAGGUCAACCGGAAAAAGACACUCAGCGAUUUCAUGCUCGGCCCGAAGUUUCGCCUGCCAGUCCAAUUAUCCAGGGAUCCCGAAUGUCCAUCCCGUGACCGACUUGUCUAUCUGGGUCAGGUAGAUGACGAAGUGUGCAUGCAACCUUUCCUCAGCACUCGUCGACCAUUCGAAUCGUCCGCUUCAGUUAGUGGUGGUUCGGCGGAUCAACGAGCCCUCGUACCCUGGCAUCCGAGAUCCUAUCCGGGUGAAUGGUUUGAGGAUGCCACGAGUACACCGAUUCCCGGCGCAGAACACGAGCGCACACGACCGGAAGCAUUUUCCGACUGGGUAUUCGAUAGCACUCGGGAUUUAUUCAUGUUACUGAUUCGCGCCAGUGAAUUAUCUGAUCGCACUACAACUCGUUUGCCCCGACGCGAUUCCACGUUGAGUGUGUUAUGGGACAAAUUCGGUCAUACGAUACACCUCGGUCUGUUGAUUUGUGUCCUGUAUUUGACCGAUAGACUGUUCCGUCUGUUUCAUCAAUGCGGAGAUCCUAAGCAAGUUCCACUGUUAAGUCUAAUGUCAUGA